UAAAUAUGGCUAUGGCAAUUAACAGGAGGCCGUACCUCUCCAGGAAGUGUGUGUAGCAUCCUCAUACUGAAACUGUCUUGUCAAGAGGUGGAAGAUAACUUGAACACCUAUAUCAGAGACACCACGGCCAUUGCUUAUCAAAGCUAUGUCCCCCCUGGUGACAACCCUACUACUGUUAGUGGCCAUCUCCUGCGUUGCCACGGCUACUCCAGCCAACUUCGUCACCUUCAAGCAUCAUAGCAACGCUCAACUUGCAAACGUCCUCCAUCAAAUAGCCGCAGCUUACCCGGAUAUAACACAUCUGUACAGUAUUGGCCAAUCGUACAAACAUCAAGAGCUAUGGGUUCUCAUAAUCUCCGAUCAGCCCAAAGUUCACGAACCAGGAGAACCAGAAUUUAAGUACGUUGGUAAUAUGCAUGGCAACGAAGUAACGGGAAGAGAGACACUACUUCAUCUAAUUGAAUACCUCUGCCGUAACUAUGGCAACAACGAAGAGGUGACAAAGUUGGUAGAUUCUACCAGGAUCCAUAUAAUGCCCACCAUGAACCCCGAUGGCUAUGACGUGGCUAAGGAAGGACAGCUAUUCGGUGUACGUGGACGAAGUAACGCUCAAGGUAUUGAUCUCAACAGGAACUUUCCUGACAGAUUUGCCAAAACUGCCAACAAAGUGGUAGCCCCUGAAACACAAGCUGUAAUGAAGUGGAUACAGAAAUAUCCUUUUGUGUUAUCCAUCAACUUCCACAAUGGCGCUCUAGUGGCGAACUAUCCCUAUGACAACAGCCGCAAUGGUAACUCUGUCUAUACAGCAUCUCCUGAUGAUGAUAUAUUUCGACAACUGGCUUUGGCCUACUCCACAAACCAUGCCACCAUGUCCCUGGGUAAGGCAUGCCCUGGAGAUGGGAGUGGCUUCACUAACGGUAUUACCAAUGGUGCAGCUUGGUACAGCGUGACUGGAGGUAUGCAAGACUACAACUAUCUCCAUAGCAAUUGUUUCGAAAUAACAGUCGAACAAGGUUGUGGGAAAUUUCCGUACGGGACACACUUGGAGGCGAUAUGGAACGCUAAUCAGUACUCCCUGGUCAAGUUCAUUGAAGAGGUCCACAAAGGUGUGACUGGGUUUGUGCUGUCUAGUGAUGGCUCUCCUAUAGACGGUGCUAAGAUUGCUGUGGAUGGUCGUGAUCAUUCUAUACACUCUGUCGCUGCUGGUGACUACUGGCGACUGUUGGUACCUGGUACAUACACAAUACGAGUUAGUGCUCUGGGCUACCAACCAGCCAGUGCUAGUGUCACCGUGCCAACCAAGGGAGCUGUCAAGAAGAACUUUACACUACUCAGAAAUGGAGAAACACUUCAAACGGCUCAAAUAGAAACAAUCACAAACGUUGCAACGACCCCUACUGAUGAAGCAACCUCUACUGAUGCAACCUCUACUGAUGCAACCCCUACUGAUGCAAGCACAGACACUGUGUUAGUUACCACUGGAGGGGCCUUGGCAGACCAACAAGACAUUGAGAUCAUCUUCAUCAACAAGACUGGUGAACACGUCUCAGUGGACCUGGUUCACAUUGAUGAGCCUAAACCACACACACGCACGGUUAUGGUCGCUAGCAUUUGGCUCUUGGUGAUUAUCUGUGUCCUGAUCUUAGCCGUGGCUGGUCUCGCUACAACCAUGGCUUGUCAGAUGAGAAGGGGGCGCUCUGCACGCAAGGGCUUUGCUCCCGUACCACUGGAGGAGGUGCCACUCAAGGCAGGGGCGUCUGAGAGAGGCUACUUCACUAACGGACACGACCUCUCGUCUGAUGAAGAGGUGGUGGGAGACUUCUCUCAGCAACAGUACGCCUACACUCACUAAAGCUCAUUCAUCACAUGAUAUUAUCAGAGGACCUUUGUAUGCAUUCGUAUGAAAUAUUAUACUGUACUGUAUAAUUAUAAUUUUUUUCUAGUGAAAUCAAUUAGCGUGUAAUUAACAUUCUUGUGUAAAGUGUUCUUUAACGAGGUGUUGCAUGUGUGG